GCCACACACGCUCCGUGGUGAUCAGACGUGGUUAUCGCAAGCAUGAAGAUAUUGGUCGCUUUCCUCGGGCUCUUCGCCCUGGCUUUAGCCACCACAACCAGCCAAACCAAAGUCGUCUGCUACUAUGACAGCAAGAGCUAUGUCCGAGAAUCUCAAGCACGUAUGCUCCCCAUGGACUUGGACCCAGCACUGUCGUUCUGCACUCACUUAGUGUAUGGCUAUGCCGGAGUACAGCCUGACACUUACAAAAUGGUAUCUCUGAACGAGAACCUGGACACCGACCGCAACUACGCCAACUACAGAGCUAUCACCAACUUCAAGUCGAAAUACCCUGGUCUUAAAGUACUAUUAUCUGUUGGAGGAGACGCUGAUUUGGAAGAACAACAAAAAUACAACUUGCUGCUCGAGACUCCACAAGCAAGAACUGCUUUCGUCAACUCUGGAGUACUGUUAGCUGAACAGCAUGGUUUUGAUGGUAUCGAUCUCGCUUGGCAAUUCGCAAGGAUCAAGCCGAAGAAGAUUCGCUCCACCUUGGGAUCAAUCUGGCACACUUUCAAGAAAACAUUCGGCUCAACCCCCGUUGACGAAAAAGAGGCUGAACACAGAGAAGGUUUCACUGCCCUAGUCAGAGAAUUGAAGGCUGCCCUCAAUCUCAAGCCUCACAUGCAACUUUCUGUUACCGUUCUCCCUAAUGUGAACUCUACUAUCUACUUCGAUGUGCCAGCCAUCAUUAACAUGGUGGACAUCGUCAACUUGAACGCUUUCGACUAUUACACUCCAUCGAGGAACCCCAAGGAAGCUGAUUACACGGCUCCUAUCUACAAGCCCCAGAACCGUAAUGACCUUCUCAACGUCGACUCUGCCGUAUCUUACUGGCUCGCUGGCGGAGCUCCCAGUAACAAGAUUGUAGUCGGUAUCGCCUCCUAUGCUCGUACAUGGAAAUUAGAUUCCGAGAGCGAAAUUUCCGGAGUACCACCACUACACGCUAAUGGACCGGGCGAGGCCGGACCUUACACUAAAACCGAAGGUCUUCUGAGCUACCCAGAAGUAUGCGCGAAACUUAUCAACCCUAACCACCAGAAGGGCAUGCGUCCUCACUUAAGGAAGGUCACCGAUCCCAGCAAACGUUUCGGAACAUACGCUUUCCGUCUGCCCGACGACAGCGGCGAGGGUGGUUUGUGGGUCAGCUAUGAAGAUCCCGACACAGCCGGACAAAAGGCGACAUACGCGAAGUCCAAAAACCUUGGAGGAGUUUCCAUCGUGGAUUUGAGUAUGGAUGAUUUCCGCGGACUUUGCACUGGCGACAAAUAUCCAAUUCUUCGUGCUGCGAAAUACCGAUUAUAAAUAAUAUAAUAUGUUAAAUGCUAUAUUCUCCUAUAAAUGUACACUUAUUUAAUUCGACAGGCAAACGAAGUCCAAGUUUUUCUAAUAUGACAAGUUUUUCUAAUAUGACAACGUCAGUAGCAUAUAGUAGAAUUUAGUAAAGGGGAGACUGGAUGCGGUUGAAACUUUGUUACAUGCUUCCUUCUUGUUCUUUUUCUUUCUUCAUCAAUCUUCCCCAGUCCCCUAAGUGCAUUCAGUUCAAAAUUUAGACGAACUUAUAUUUAAAAUAUGAUUAUGAUUAUAUUACAAAUUUGAAUAGGGCCAAUUAAUUGUAACUUUGUUUUGAAGACACAUACCAGACUUUAUUUCCAAGACCCAUACCAGACUUUAUUUCGAAGAUACAUACCAGACUUUAUUUCCAAGACACAUACCAGACUUUAUUUCCAAGACACAUACCAGACUUUAUUUCGAAGAUAGAUACCAGACUUUAUUUCGAAUACACAUACCUGACUUUGUUUUGAAGACACAUACCAGACUUUGUUUUGAAGACACACGCCAGGUUUUGUUGCGUAGUCUAAUUUUCAUUUUUUAAUUUGAUUGUAUUUAUUGCAUGCACCCCACUACUGCGCAUAGGCCCCGUGUAGGAGAAGGAUUAUUGAUAUUGCAUGUAUUGCAUGUUGAUAAUAAAGUAAAUUGAUAUAA